UGGGACAUGGCAAAUGGUAAACCCGCACACAGUGGAGGAACCUUGGCCAACUUUUCUUACAUCUGCAUCGUGUGGAUCAGCGUCUGUGUGGAAAGACUUUCUGCAGUACAUCAGGUCAAUGUAUCUGGCACAGUGGGUUCUACAGUUGUCCUUCCAUGUGAAUUGACAAGUGUAGAACAAGGAAUUAGAUGGGGCUUUGUUCAAAAGCUUGUGUUUGAGAGAAAGGAUGGGAAGACCUUUCAGGGUACCAGUUAUAAGAAUCGUGUGGACGUUCCUGUGGAUGAGCUGCGUAAGGGGAACUGUUCCUUGGUGUUAAAAGAUCUGAAACUGACUGAUGAGGGUAUCUACACCAGCUACAAUGCAAUAAGAUCCACCGUUAACUCCACAUCUCAUUAUUUUACACCAGAAGAUCUCCAGAUUGGCCAAGUUAAACUUUCAGUAUCUAGUGAAGUAAUGAAGAGUCCUCACCCACUGGUCCUGGUCCUGUCCCUCGUCUUAUGUUUCCUCGUCCAGCUCCUCUGUGGAUAAACAUAAAUCUGACCUACAGCUGUGUACUGUCACUUACAGUGUGUUUAAAUC